CUGCCAGAGAGCAAUAUCUGUGUAGCAACAUGGCGUCCAGCAGUGGGGCAAAAAAUGAUUUUCGACGCAAGUGGGACAAAGAUGAGUAUGAACAAUUGGCCCAAAAGCGACUUACAGAAGAAAGGGAGAGAAAAGAUGGCAAACCCACGCCACCCGUUAAACGAGAGCUCCUCCGUCACAGAGACUACAAGGUGGAUUUGGAAUCCAAACUUGGCAAGACCAUUGUCAUCACAAAGACCACACCACAGGCUGAGAUGGGCGGGUACUACUGCAAUGUUUGUGAUUGUGUCGUAAAAGAUUCGAUUAACUUUUUGGAUCAUAUUAACGGAAAAAAGCACCAGAGAAACUUAGGAAUGUCGAUGCGAGUGGAACGCUCCUCGUUGGAUCAAGUUAAAAAGCGAUUUGAGGUUAAUAAGAAGAAGUUGGAGGAGAAACAGAAGGAGUAUGAUUUUGAGGAGCGAAUGAAGGAGUUACGAGAAGAGGAGGAAAAAGCAAAGGCAUACAAAAAAGAGAAGCUAAAAGAGAAGAAGAGAAAGGCAGAGGAAGAACUUAAUUUUGAAGAGGACGAUGAGAUGGCUGCUGUAAUGGGAUUCUCAGGGUUUGGGUCUUCAAAAAAAGGCCACUGAAUUCGUACCCCUACCAUUCAUACCUGUGCUAAGCCUUUCUUUUUACUGCAAACAGUGAGAGAACUCUUGAAUGGCCUACAUGUUUUUUUUCCAACUACUGUAAAUAACUUGUGACAUCAUAGUGUGUAAAUAUGGCUUAAUUGUUCCAGUUGUUUAUUUAGUCUCUCCUGUAACCUUGGAGUCACAGUUAACUAAAGCAAUAUGGCUUUAUAGUAAAUAAAUAUUUUUAUUGACACGACCUUGUCUUUCCACAUUUGCAAGAAGUAAUCAACUAGGAUUUAGGCUGUCACAGUGAGGACAGGUGUCAUGCAAGGACAGUGGUGGUUUUUUUUUCUUUUUUAAGACUUGAUUGUGGUUAUGCAAAUAACUUGUCUUUUAUGUUCAUUUUACAUUGCGUAAUGUACCUUUUUAUUUUGUGUGUAAGUAAUAUUAAAACACAUUUGAAUCCUUUA